AUGGCUACAAAUGCCACAGUUGCAAGUGCAUGCCCAGCACCCAUGAAAGCAACAUCCAAUGGGGUCUUUCAGGGUGAUAAUCCUCUGGAUUUUGCGCUCCCUCUUGCCAUCUUACAGAUAUGUCUUGUGGUUGCACUUACACGGAUUCUUGCUUAUCUUCUCCGGCCACUAAGACAGCCUCGUGUUAUUGCAGAGAUUGUGGGAGGAAUAUUACUUGGCCCCUCAGCUCUUGGUCACAGCAAAAAUUACCUGGAUACAAUUUUUCCAAAAAGAAGUCUCACGGUGUUAGAUACUUUAGCCAAUCUUGGUCUUCUCUUCUUUCUUUUCCUGGUAGGCUUGGAGUUAGAUCCUAAGUCCAUCCGCCGGACUGGAAAGAAGGCUCUAUGCAUAGCUGCUGCAGGAAUUACUCUACCUUUUGUAUUAGGAAUUGGUACAUCGUUUGCCCUCCGAGCAACUAUAUCUAAAGGUGUAGAUGGACCCCCAUUUCUUGUUUUUAUGGGAGUGGCUCUUUCUAUAACUGCCUUCCCUGUUUUGGCUCGUAUUCUGGCUGAGCUGAAGCUUUUAACCACUGAUGUUGGCCGAAUGGCCAUGUCAGCAGCAGCAGUCAAUGAUGUGGCUGCAUGGGUUCUUCUUGCUCUUGCCAUUUCCCUCUCCGGCACUGGCCGUUCUCCCCUGGUUUCACUAUGGGUUUUCUUGUGUGGGUGUGGUUUUGUUCUCGGUUGUGUAUUUUUUGUUCGACCUAUCUUUAAAUGGAUGGCACAGCGCUGUCCUGAGGGCGAACCAGUAGAAGAAUUGUAUGUGUGUGCUACUUUAGUUGCAGUUUUGGCAGCUGGGUUUGUCACUGAUACUAUUGGAAUUCAUGCUCUAUUUGGUGCAUUUGUGCUUGGAAUUCUUGUUCCAAAAGAAGGACCAUUUGCAGGCGCUCUUGUUGAAAAAGUUGAGGAUCUUGUAUCUGGUCUAUUCCUCCCAUUAUACUUUGUCUCAAGUGGAUUGAAGACCGAUGUAGCUACAAUUCGUGGAGCUCAGUCAUGGGGCCUCCUAGUCUUGGUCAUUUCAACGGCCUGUUUUGGGAAGAUCAUUGGGACUAUAGGUGUUUCCCUCCUCUGCAGAAUGCCCUUUCAAGAGGCUCUGGCUCUGGGAUUUCUCAUGAAUACAAAAGGGUUGGUGGAGCUCAUUGUCCUUAACAUUGGCAAAGACAGAAAGGUUUUGAAUGAUCAAACAUUUGCUAUCAUGGUUCUCAUGGCUAUCUUCACAACCUUCAUUACAACACCUAUAGUAAUGACAGUAUACAAGCCAGCUAAAAGAAAGAGCAAUUCAAAUUACAAGUACAGAACUAUUGAAAGGAAAGACCCAAGUACUCAGCUCCGAAUUUUGACCUGUUUCCACGGUACAAGGAACCUCCCCACAAUGAUUAAUCUCAUUGAGGCUUCUCGUGGGACUGAAAAGAGGGAACGGCUUUGUGUGUAUGCAAUGCAUCUUAUGGAGCUUAACGAGAGAUCUUCUGCAAUUGUGAUGGUUCACAAAGCGAGAAGAAAUGGGCUACCCUUUUGGAAUAAGGGAUCAGAUAACAAUCAAGUUGUUGUGGCUUUUGAAACCUUUGAGCAGCUGAGUCGGGUGGCUAUCCGCCCAAUGACAGCAAUCUCUUCCAUCCCUAGCAUGCAUGAAGAUAUCUGUGCAAGUGCUGAAAGGGAAAGGGCAGCAAUGAUUAUUAUCCCAUUCCACAAGCACCAGAGGUUGGAUGGGGCAUUGGAGACAACUCGAACUGAAUACAGAGGGGUCAACCGGAGGGUUCUUGAGAACGCACCAUGCUCAGUUGGGAUCAUGGUGGACCGUGGUCUUGGUGGAACCACUCAUAUAUCUGCCAGCAAUGUUUCUUCAACCAUAGUUGUCCUAUUCUUUGGGGGUAGUGAUGAUCGUGAGGCCCUUGCUUACGGUAUGCGAAUGGCUGAACACCCGGGUAACAAUUUAACUAUUGUUCACUUCUUAGCAAGUCCUGAACUUGAGAAGGAGAUUGUCAGAGUAGAUAUAAACGAUGGCUCUAACGCUUCAGCCGGGCCAGGGAAUGAGAAGCUCAUUGCUGAGCUGAAGCAGAAGAUUUCAAAUGACGGCUCAAUCAAAUAUGAGGAGAGAACAGUGAGAAAUGCUGCAGAAACUACUGAUUUUAUUCGCGAGUUUAAUCGUUGUAAUCUGUUUUUGGUUGGUCGAUGGCCUGAGGGUCAAGUAGCUGCUGCUUUGAAUGUGAAUUUGAAGGUGAAGAGUGACUGUCCUGAACUGGGGCCUGUAGGUAGCUUGCUGACCUCUCCAGAUUUCACAACUGCAGCAUCAGUCUUGGUAGUGCAGCAGUAUCAUGGCCUGGCAGUGCUUCUGGGCCCGGUUUCUUCAUCGAAGGUGGUUGUGUUGUCUGAGGAAGAAUCAGAAACCAGCUGA